GGCCGCGGCGGAGCUUGGCCCUGCGGCUGAGGCGGCGGCGGGCGGGCGGCUGAGGCGGCGGCGGCGGCAGCAGCAGCAGUAUCGGUAGCCGCUGCCAGGUCCUCGUCUUCGAUCCUCUUCUGGCGGCCUGGGCCCGCGGCCUCUCCUCGGUCUCGCCUGCGCCGCCGUCGCCACGUUCCCUCCAUCACCCCUCGAGCCCGAGGUGGACACGGCUGCGGCAUGUGGCGCUGGGUUCGGCAGCAGCUGGGUUUUGACCCACCACAUCAAAGUGACACAAGAACAAUUUAUAUAGCAAACAGAUUUCCUCAGAAUGGACUUUAUACUCCUCAGAAAUUUAUAGAUAACCGAAUCAUAUCAUCAAAGUAUACCGUGUGGAAUUUUGUGCCCAAAAAUUUAUUUGAACAAUUCAGAAGAGUAGCAAACUUUUACUUUCUUAUUAUCUUUUUGGUCCAGCUUAUGAUUGAUACUCCCACGAGUCCUAUUACCAGUGGACUUCCAUUAUUCUUUGUGAUAACUGUAACCGCCAUAAAGCAGGGAUAUGAAGACUGGUUACGACAUAAAUCGGAUAAUGAAGUAAAUGGAGCACCUGUUUAUGUUGUUCGAAGUGGUGGCCUUGUGAAAACUAGAUCAAAAAACAUCCGGGUGGGGGAUAUUGUCAGAAUUGCCAAAGAUGAAAUUUUUCCUGCUGAUUUGGUACUUCUGUCUUCAGACAGAGUGGAUGGUUCAUGCCAUGUUACGACUGCUAGCCUGGAUGGAGAAACUAACCUCAAGACACAUGUGGCAGUUCCAGAAACAGCAGUGUUGCAAACUGUUGCCAAGUUGGACACACUCAUAGCUGUGAUAGAAUGUCAGCAGCCAGAAGCAGACUUAUAUAGAUUCAUUGGAAGAAUGAUACUGAAUCAACAAAUGGAAGAAAUUGUUCGACCUCUUGGGCCAGAAAGUCUCUUGCUUCGUGGAGCCAGAUUAAAGAACACAAAAGAAAUUUUUGGUGUUGCAAUAUAUACAGGAAUGGAAACUAAGAUGGCAUUAAAUUAUAAGAGCAAGUCACAGAAACGAUCAGCUGUAGAAAAAUCAAUGAAUACCUUUUUGAUAAUAUAUCUCAUAAUCCUUAUUUCUGAAGCCAUCAUCAGUACAAUCUUGAAAUAUACAUGGCAAGCAGAAGAAAAGUGGGAUGAACCUUGGUAUAACCAAAAAACGGAGCAUCAGCGUAAUAGCAGUAAGAUUCUGAGAUUUAUUUCAGACUUCCUUGCUUUUUUGGUGCUCUACAAUUUUAUCAUCCCGAUUUCACUCUAUGUGACAGUUGAGAUGCAGAAAUUUCUUGGCUCAUUUUUUAUUGGCUGGGAUCUUGAUCUUUAUCAUGAAGAAACAGAUCAGAAAGCACAAGUCAAUACUUCAGAUCUAAAUGAAGAGCUGGGACAGGUGGAAUAUGUGUUCACAGAUAAAACUGGAACUCUGACUGAAAAUGAGAUGCAAUUUCGAGAGUGUUCAAUUAAUGGCAUAAAAUACCAAGAAAUCAAUGGUAGACUGGUAGCAGAGGGACCAACACCGGAAUCUUCAGAAGGUUUAGCAUACUUUAGAAGCUUCGCCCAUCUUAGCCCCUCAGCCCAUCUUACAAUCAGUUCUGACAGUGAAACUGAACUGAUCAAGGAACAGGAUCUCUUCUUUAAAGCAGUUGGUCUCUGUCAUACAGUACAGAUCAGCAGUGGCCAAUCUGAUGGUCUUGGGGAUGGGCCCUGGCACCCCGAUGCAGUAUCCUCAGAGUUGGAGUACUAUGCUGCUUCCCCAGAUGAAAAAGCCUUAGUUGAGGCUGCUGCAAGAAUUGGGGUCGUGUUUAUGGGCAGUACUGAAGAAACUAUGGAAAUUAAAACCCUUGGAAAACUUGAAAGGUACAAAUUGCUACAUGUUCUGGAGUUUGACUCGGAUCGUAGGCGAAUGAGUGUGAUUGUACAGUCUCCUAAAGGUGAGAAACUUUUGUUUUCUAAAGGAGCAGAGUCUUCAAUUCUUCCUAACUGUAUUGGUGGUGAAAUAGAAAAAACAAGAAUUCAUGUAGAUGAAUUUGCUUUGAAAGGGCUAAGAACUCUGUGUGUAGCAUACAGACGAUUCACACCUGAAGAGUUUGAGGAAGUGAACAGGCGGCUUUUAGACUCCAGAACUGCCUUACAACAGCGUGAAGAGAAGCUGGCCGAGGCCUUCAACUUCAUAGAGAGAAAGCUGUUGUUACUCGGGGCCACGGGUGUAGAAGACAGGCUUCAAGAUAAAGUGAGAGAAACCAUUGAAGCUUUGCGCAUGGCAGGCAUCAAAAUCUGGGUACUUACUGGAGACAAACAUGAAACUGCCAUCAGCGUGAGUCUGUCAUGUGGACAUUUUCAUAGGACCAUGAAUAUCCUUGAGCUGGUCAACCAGAAGUCAGACAGUGAGUGUGCAGAACAACUGAGGCGACUGGCCAGAAGAAUCACGGAAGAUCACGUGAUCCAGCAUGGUCUGGUGGUAGAUGGGAGCAGCCUUUCCCUGGCCCUAAGGGAGCAUGAGAAGAUAUUCAUGGACGUAUGUAAGAGCUGCUGUGCCGUGCUGUGCUGCCGCAUGGCCCCACUACAGAAGGCAAAAGUGAUAAGACUAAUAAAAAUCUCUCCAGAAAAACCCAUAACAUUGGCCGUUGGUGAUGGUGCUAAUGAUGUCAGCAUGAUUCAAGAAGCACAUGUUGGCAUAGGAAUUAUGGGAAAAGAAGGAAGACAGGCUGCACGAAACAGCGACUAUGCAAUUGCAAGAUUUAAAUUCCUUUCCAAAUUGCUUUUUGUCCAUGGCCAUUUUUAUUAUAUUAGAAUAGCAACCCUUGUACAAUACUUUUUUUAUAAGAAUGUGUGUUUUAUCACACCCCAAUUUUUAUAUCAGUUCUACUGUUUGUUUUCACAACAAACACUGUAUGACAGCGUUUACCUGACUUUAUACAAUAUUUGUUUUACUUCCUUACCUAUUCUGAUAUAUAGUCUUUUGGAACAGCAUGUACAUCCUCAUGUCUUACAGAGCAAACCUACUCUAUAUCGGGACAUAAGUAAAAAUCGUCACUUGAGCAUUAAAACAUUUCUUUAUUGGACAAUCCUGGGUUUCACUCAUGCUUUUAUUUUCUUUUUUGGAUGUUAUUUUCUAAUAUGGAAAGAUAUAUCUCUACUUGGAAAUGGCCAGAUGUUUGGAAAUUGGACAUUUGGUACAUUAGUCUUCACGGUGAUGGUUAUUACAGUCACAGUAAAGAUGGCAUUGGAAACUCACUUCUGGACCUGGAUAAAUCAUGUUGUUACCUGGGGAUCCAUUGCAUUUUAUUUUGCAUUCUCUUUGUUUUAUGGGGGAAUUUUCUGGUCAUUUCUGGAUAUCUACUUUGUAUUCAUUCAACUCCUGUCAAGCGGUUCUGCUUGGUUUGCCAUGAUCCUCAUAGUGGUUACUUGCCUGUUUCUUGAUGUUGUGAAGAAAGUCUUUGAUCGACAGCUAUAUCCAACAAGUACUGAGAAGGCCCAGAUGGAAGAAGAUAAGGGCUCAGUCAGCUCAGCAUAUGAAUUUGCUGAAAGCAAGCACAGAGGGGAGGACAGUAGGCAACUGCUAGCUGAUCCAGGUAGCAGCAGAGCAGAGCUUGCAUACCCUAGCUUGCUGAAACAAAUCCCGGGGUCGAGUGCUUGGAAUCCAUGUGUUGUUUCUCAGAGGGGCAAGCAGCAUAUGCAUCUCUUGGAAGGAUGCUGGACCGAGUGAUGGGAAACUACAGCGCGGCGCAGGUUAACAGGUGUGACAUGUCUCAUGGUAGCCUUUGCUACAGAGGAGUCUCCUAUAAACCGGGACGAGCUGCCACUCUAGCUCACCAGUGACCCAGUGCCGCCAGCCACUUGGGCCCAUUGCAGUGAACCCCGGGCCUGUACUGUAAGACUCGCUGAUUGAUUCUAAAGAUGGAGGGAGGAGGGCCAGGAGGGCUUCUUUUGCUCUAAAAGGAAGAGAAAAUCACUUUGAAAAGACUUCUGUGUAUUGAACUUUCUUUUACAGGUUUUCUAAUAUAUUGUGUAUGGGAUUUUAUGUAGAUAUGAUAGCGUCUUGAUUUGUAUGUCUCUCAUUCACUCAUCUGCUGUAAUAUUUUGUUUUUCUGGUUUCCGCUUUUGGGCUUGACAAAAUAAUAUUCUCAUUUGUUAAGUCAAAAAGCCUCACUUUUCUCUUCUUAAUGUAUCUUUUCAAGUGUGUUAUUGGGGACUGGACCUUGAUUUAUUCUUUUACAAUACAAAAGGCAGUAGUAUUUCUUUGCCCUACCCCCAUUGCCUUCUUAAGUUAUAUGAUAUUUAAGUUAGUUUUGUUUUUUUUUAAUUUAGCACUUCUAGCUCAUUUUAGUAAGUUUAAAAUCUGUAUCAACUCUCAGGGCACUUGUGCCAAUCCUAAAUUAUUUAAAUACCUGAUCAUUUCUUAAAUUAUAAAGUGUUUCCAUGUGGGGAAAUAUUCACCAAAAAAAGGCCUUUUUAAGAAACAUUUGGGUGAAAUACAUUUUAAAAACGAUUUUAGUAUUUUUUUAACUAAUUCAUACAUUUCACUAAAAGUCAUAUCUUUCAAGUGGGGGAUUGAAAUACUAACCUUUUGUACUUUGUGGUUCUCUUUAUAUGAAUGAUGUCAUAAUUCCCCAAGCCUUUCUGAAUGAACCUCAGGGCAGAAGGGAAUAGCUUUGUUGUGACUGUUAAAAGAAUUUGUUUAAUAUUCAGACUAAUUUUGUCUCUAAGUACAAUGGGUGUGAUAUCAUUCAUGUGCCAGGAAAUCUGGUGGACUUUUCCCUAAUACACUUUAAUCACUUCUGCUCUGUAAAACAAGUGCUUUGCAAAGUUCUUCUUGGGUUAACACAAUGUCUGGGGUUCCAAUCACCAUAUUCUUGCCCACUUAUAAAAUGGGAUUGGUAAUAUUUUCAUAGUGCUAGAAUAUAGUUAUGCAAAUGGUGAUUUCACACCAUACACAAGACAUUUGUGUGAGCAGUGAAGUACAUGGAGGCUUUCCCAUGACUAUUAGAGUUCAAAAUUCCUCUGAGGACGAUAGCGCCAUCUCGGUCCCUGGUCUGAAGAAUUGAAUUCACAGUAUGAUUUCACUCCUUUGCACGGCCCCUCAGCAUGGACCUGGAAGUCAGCAUUUUAGUGGACCUCCUUAUUGAUAUUUCCCUCUAAGUUUUGGCUCCUCAGAAAACAGAUAGUAUGAAAAUGUGUGUUUUUAGUAAACUUUUAAAUCUGGAAUGAACAUUGAGCCAGAAAUGAACAUUUUUAGGAUUUGCAUUGUGUAUAGUUCCACUUUUCUUGACAUUCUUUAUUACAUAUAAACAGUUUUUCAUGGAUAUAGAAAAAGGAACCUUUAAAAGAGUUAUUUUUAUGUUGCUUUGUACAUUUUAUACCCGGAUAAAUGAUUGAUAGUUUCAGGGAAACCGUUGGCUUUAAUUGUGAACAGUCCCCUGUCCCCUAAGGGUAGAUGAUACCAUCCCCUGACUUUACUCUUGGGCACUUAGAAUCUUACUGCAGGCUCUUUUGUUUCCUCUGUGGAGCAUCUUGUUCUACAUUUUUCUAAGUCCAGGAUCCAGUAUUGGGUAAUUAAAAUGAUCUCUGACAGACUAUUUAAGGAC